GUGUGUGUGUGUCAUUAGAGGAUAAAAGUCCAGCUUCAGUCCCGCUGUACAAGUUUUUUUCUGCGUGUCGAGUCACAUUUACCAGAAAUAUGAAGGCUUACCUGCUUCUGCUGCUGCUGCUGCCGCUCUGCUCAGGUGAGCACUCUAUCCGGUGUUACGGUCAGGACUUCCUGCAGGUCAAUAACCUGCUGCUGGACUGUAACAGUGCAGUCCAACAGGCCUGCUACUCCAGAGUAAACGGAGAGAAAGGUUGCACCCGACUGGAGAACUGUUCCAAAAAAGGCUGGACCUGUUGCCAUACCGACGGCUGCAACGUCUGAGCCAAUCACAGCGCAUGAAACACUGACAUCAUCAAAUUACACCAUGUGAAAUAAAGUGAAAGAAAUUACCCAAAA